UGCAGCACACUGAAGAACAACAGCCAUGGCUCUGCGAUACCAACUGGCUGUGGGCCUCAACAAGGGCCGCAAGGUGACCGCGAACGUGGGCAAGCCGAGGCACAGCCGCUGCUGCGGGCGCCUCAGCAAAUACACCACGUUCAUGCGGGACGUGAUCUGGGAGGUGUGCGGCUUCACCCCUUAUGAGCAACAGGCCAUGGAGCUGCUCAAGGUCUCCAAGGACACAUGGGCCCUCGAGUUCAUCAAGUAAAGGGUGGGCACACAUGUCUGCACCAAGAGGAAGAGAGAGGAGCUGAGCAAUAUCCUGGUUGCCAGGAGGAAAGGGGCAGCCAAGAAGGACCAAGCCCUUCCCCUCUGUGCACAAUAAAUUA